AUGGCUCGAUUCUCGAGAGGGUUUCAUUGGUCUCAACCUGGCCUCAGGCAACCCACUCCUGAUUGGACAGUCUCAUCAAGAAGGUUGGUCAACAGCUCAAGUGUUUCUGAGAAUCUGGGCGAUUUAUAAGAAACCCUUAGCUGAAUGCAGGGUGGGGGAGUGGUAAAAAAAAAGACAAGAGCCUCUUUUUUCAAAAGAGAAACUGAAAGAAAGAGGGGAAGAGUAUUAAAGAUCAUUAAAGGGAAACUGAAAGAAAGAGGGGAAGAGUAUUAAAGACCAUUUCUGGCUGGGCAGGGCAUUCUCAGCAGCUCAACUGCCCAGCGUGACCAGUGGCCACCUCUGCAGUGUCUCCACAACCUGGCCUCGACCUCAGGCCGGCUGUGAACGUAGUUCCUGAGAGAUAGCAAACAUGCCCAACAGUGAGCCCUGUGCCUCUCCGCUGGAGCUGUUCAACAGCAUCGCCACACAAGGGGAGCUCGUGAGGUCCCUGAAAGCGGGAAAUGCGUCAAAGGAUGAAAUUGAUUCUGCAGUAAAGAUGUUGCUGUCGUUAAAAAUGAGCUACAAAGCUGCCAUGGGGGAGGAUUACAAGGCUGACUGUCCUCCAGGGAACCCAGCACCUACCAGUAAUCUUGGCCCAGAUGCCACAGAUGCUGAAGAGGAUUUUGUGGACCCAUGGACGGUACAGACAAGCAGUGCAAAAGGCAUAGACUACGAUAAGCUCAUUGUUCGGUUUGGAAGCAGUAAAAUUGACAAAGAGCUCAUAAACCGAAUAGAGAGAGCUACCGGCCAAAGACCACACCGCUUCCUGCGCAGAGGCAUCUUCUUCUCACACAGAGAUAUGAAUCAGGUUCUUGAUGCCUAUGAAAAUAAGAAGCCAUUUUAUCUGUACACGGGCCGGGGCCCCUCUUCUGAAGCAAUGCAUGUAGGUCACCUCAUUCCAUUUAUUUUCACAAAGUGGCUCCAGGACGUGUUUAACGUGCCCUUGGUCAUCCAGAUGACGGAUGAUGAGAAGUAUCUGUGGAAGGACCUGACCCUGGACCAGGCCUAUAGCUAUGCUGUGGAGAAUGCCAAGGACAUCAUCGCCUGUGGCUUUGACAUCAACAAGACUUUCAUAUUCUCUGACCUGGACUACAUGGGGAUGAGCUCAGGUUUUUACAAAAAUGUGGUGAAGAUUCAAAAGCAUGUUACCUUCAACCAAGUGAAAGGCAUUUUCGGCUUCACUGACAGCGACUGCAUUGGGAAGAUCAGUUUUCCUGCCAUCCAGGCUGCUCCCUCCUUCAGCAACUCAUUCCCACAGAUCUUCCAAGACAGGACAGAUAUCCAGUGCCUUAUCCCAUGUGCCAUUGACCAGGAUCCUUACUUUAGAAUGACAAGGGACGUCGCCCCCAGGAUCGGCUAUCCUAAACCAGCCCUGCUGCACUCCACCUUCUUCCCCGCCCUGCAGGGCGCCCAGACCAAAAUGAGUGCCAGUGACCCCAACUCCUCCAUCUUCCUCACCGACACAGCCAAACAGAUCAAAACCAAGGUCAAUAAGCACGCGUUUUCUGGAGGGAGAGACACCGUCGAGGAGCACAGGCAGUUUGGGGGCAACUGUGAUGUGGACGUGUCUUUCAUGUACCUGACCUUCUUCCUCGAGGACGAUGACAAGCUGGAGCAGAUCAGGAAGGAUUACACCAGCGGAGCCAUGCUCACCGGUGAGCUCAAGAAGGCACUCAUAGAGGUUCUGCAGCCCUUGAUCGCAGAGCACCAGGCCCGGCGCAAGGAGGUCACAGAUGAGAUAGUAAAAGAGUUCAUGACUCCCCGGAAGCUGUCCUUCGACUUUCAGUAGCACUCUUUUACAUAAGCUUAUAAAAGAAGUGAUGUAUCAAUAAUCCCAACCCAGUCAAAGCACCGCCACCCGUGGGGCUUCUGUCUGAUGGUAAUUACUGGGCCUGGUCUCUGUAAGCCUGUGUAUGUUAUCAAUACUGUUUCUUCCUGUGAGUUCCAUUAUUUCUAUCUCUUAUGGGCAAAGCAUUGUGGGUAAUUGGUGCUGGCUAACAUUGCAUGGUCAGAUAGAGAAGUCCAGCUGUGAGUCUCUCCCCAAAGCAGCCCCAGAGUGGAGCCUUUGGCUGGAAGUCCAUGGGCCACCCUGUUCUGGUCCGUGGAGGACUCCAAGGGUUCCAAGUAUACUCUUAAGGCACACUGUGGUUAAAAAUAUAUAUUCUAUGUAUGCAUA